CGCAACACGUCCCGUCCAACAUGGCGGCGCAGCGCAGGAAUUUGAUGCAGAGUCAGCAUCAGAGCUGGACAGACGACCUGCCUCUCUGCCAGAUGUGUGGCGUCGGCACGGCGCCCAACUGCGUGUACGGGCCCGACGGCAAGGGAACCCAGAGCCACCCCAACGAGGACGGACACCUCAGGUUCAGAGGCGAGGACGGCUGCUUUCUCUACGGCGUCUUCAACGGCUACGAUGGGAACCGGGUGGCCAACUUCGCCUCGCAGUAUCUGACGGCCGAGCUGCUGCUGGGCCAGCUGAACUCCAGCCACACCGACGGCGACGUCCAGAAGAUCCUCACGCAGGCCUUCAAUGUGGUGGAGAAGAGUUACUUUGAAACAAUCGACGACGCUCUGGCCGAGAAAGCUCACCUGUCCAACUACGUCCUGCCGCACAGUGAGAGCGUGUCGUUCCACCAGCUCUCCCCUCAGAGUCAGAAGGUUCAGGAGCGGCUGAAGGAGCUGGAGCAGGAGGUGUCUGGAGGGGCCACGGCCGUGGUGGCGCUCAUCCUCAACAACAAGCUCUACAUCGCCAACGUCGGGACGAACCGAGCCUUGCUGUGCAAGUCCAGCAGCGACGGGCAGAACCAGGUCCUCCAGAUCAACCGGCCGCACAGCACCGACAACGAGGACGAGCUGCAGAGGCUGGCCGCUCUGGGUGUGGACUCAGCUCGUGUGAGGCAAGCGGGGCAGAUCGCGGGGCAGAGCAGCACCCGGCGGCUCGGAGACUACCCCGUCAAGUUCAACUACAAUGAGAUCGACGUGCUGAGCGCGGCCAAGACGAGUCCCAUCAUCGCCGAGCCGGAGAUCCACGGCAGCCACUGUCUGGACGGGGUGACGGGCUUCCUGCUGCUGAUGUCGGAGGGCCUGAUGAACGCCCUGGAGUCGGCCCACGGCCCCGAGCAGGCCAACCAGGAGAUCGUUGCCAUGGUAGCAGCCGAGCUGGCCCAGCAGAGCAGCCUGGAGGCCGUGGCCCAGUCGGUGGUGGAGCGGGUCAAGCGGCUGCACCACGACGUCUUCGCGUCGGGCCGUCAGAGGGCCGCGCUGUGCUCCCGGCACGAAGACAUGACCCUGCUCAUCCGCACGCUCAACUACCCGCUGGCCGACGCCGCGCUCACGCCCACGCAGGGCGGUCGUAUCUACCCCGUGUCGGUGCCGUACUCCAACAGCCAGAGCACCAGUAAAACCAGCGUGACGCUGUCGCUGGUCAUGCCGUCGCAGAGCACGCUCACCAACGGGACCAACACGGCCUCCACGCUGGAGGAAGGCACCCCGACGCCGGGCAGCCAGAGCCCCACGGCCACGCUGCAGUCCACCAACACGCAGACGCAGAGCUCCAGCUCCAGCUCGGGCGACGGCAGCCUGUUCCAGCAGCGCGGCAGCCAGGCGGCGCAGCCCGACGAGACGGGCCGCGUGCCGCCGUACGUGGACUUCAGCCAGUUCUACCGCCUGUGGGGGAGCGACCACAGCGACGGCCACAGCACCCAGGGGGGGCUGGGGCCCCAGUGAGGAGGGAACCGGACUCCGAUUAUGGCAUUCUGAUUGUGAGGAGGUUCGGAGAGGCUUUGCCGAAUACGCUGUUAAUGUUAUCUCUUUGAGAAAUAAGUGGCCUAAAGGUGCGUGAGAGCGAGGAACGAUGGACGACUGUGGGCAGUGAAACGGGAAGAGAGCGGCGCCGGGACACUCCGGGAGUAAAUCCUGCCCCUCUGUGGGCGACAGAGGGCAGCCGAGUGAAUCAGCAUCAUCCAGAUACUAGAAUCUAUUAUCAGGUGUACGAACAGGACCUGGGAGUUCGCGGUUUUGUGAGUAAUGACGAACUGUAAGGCCUUAAAAUGGAACGAAUGAAAGUACUUUUUUUUAUUUGUGAUGAAAAUAUAUCUGCGGAUUAACCGAUAAGUUCUCCGACUUCUCUUCGUCUUCUUGGUUCCCCUGGGGAAAAAAAAAAAUCUACCUUCAUUCUGAGUGAGAGGUGGUUGGUGCGUUCUUGUGUUUUUAUAAUUCACUGUGCAUUGGCUAACGCGCCGUCCUUCCCUGCUCUCCCGUUGCUCGUGCUGCGAGCGUCUCGUGCUUUUCCACUGAAUGCAGAACCGGUGAACGCCCACAAGAUCAGAGUGAGUCAUCUGAAUGUCGACGCUUGACUUGGAAAUUAAAAAAAAAAAAAAAAGGAAUUUCUCUCAGAAAAAUGCAAAACA